UGCCCACAAAAUGAACAUGACAGUAACAAAGAUGGCGCCGGGUGAGCUAGAAAAGUGAUGAGGGACACACAACCAUUAAAAUAUAAAACGGUGUAUUCAUUAACUUUUUUGGGCGACUACUUUGUGUCAGGGCUGUGUUUCGGCGUCGGGGGGAGGGGGUAACUCGAGCAUUUUUUUUUUUUUUUUGGACUGGGACCUGCAAUAUCUGGAGAAGUGGAAGUGUUUGAAGUAGCAGUUUGAAGUAGGCAGGCUAGCGGCAGCUGAGUGCGGAAGGCAACCUGGUCGGGACAGCACCGGUGUGUAGGCGAGCUCACCGCCGGAGAGCGACGCUGUAAAGGCGGUAGGAAGACGUGGUUUUAGCCGAGGUGACGCCAUGGCUCAGUCCCCGUUACAAAGUGGGCUUGCAGGCAUUCAGAACCUCAAAGCUGACCCAGAGGAGCUCUUUACCAAGCUGGAGAGAAUAGGCAAAGGCUCUUUUGGUGAAGUGUUUAAAGGCAUCGACAAUCGUACGCAGAAGGUCGUGGCCAUUAAAAUUAUUGACCUGGAAGAAGCAGAAGAUGACAUCGAGGACAUCCAACAGGAAAUCACAGUUCUCAGCCAGUGUGACAGUCCUUUUAUCACCAAGUACUUUGGAUCCUAUCUCAAGGGAACAAAGUUAUGGAUUAUUAUGGAAUAUCUGGGCGGAGGAUCUGCCCUCGAUUUGUUGGAACCAGGCUCCCUCGAUGAAACCCAGAUUGCCACAAUUUUGAGAGAAAUCCUAAAGGGGCUCGAAUAUCUGCACUCUGAAAAGAAAAUUCACAGAGAUAUCAAAGCAGCCAAUGUGUUGCUGUCAGAACAAGGCGACGUGAAACUGGCGGACUUUGGCGUGGCGGGACAGUUGACUGACACCCAGAUAAAAAGGAACACGUUUGUCGGUACUCCUUUCUGGAUGGCACCUGAAGUCAUAAAGCAAUCGGCUUACGAUUCAAAGGCAGACAUCUGGUCGUUAGGAAUAACAGCAAUAGAACUGGCAAAAGGAGAGCCGCCGCACUCGGAGCUCCAUCCCAUGAAGGUCUUAUUCCUCAUCCCAAAGAACAAUCCACCCACGCUGGAAGGAAACUAUAGUAAACCACUCAAAGAAUUUGUUGAAGCCUGUUUGAAUAAAGAUCCUCGCUUUAGACCGACUGCCAAAGAGCUGUUGAAACACAAGCUGAUUAUACGUCACGCCAAGAAGACGUCCUAUCUGACCGAAUUGAUCGACAGGUUCAAGAGGUGGAAAGCAGAGCAGUCCCGAGAAGAGUCCAGCUCUGAAGACUCCGAUGAGGAGACACAAGGUGAAGCGUCUGGAGGCAAAGAUGAUAAGUGGAUCUUCAACACCAUCAAGGAGAAGGACCGGAAUAAGGUUCCGAACGGAGCCAUACAGCCGGCUGAGUUGGAAAUUGAUCCGGUGCAGGAGAGUCCAAAGAGGCCUUUGUCACAAAGCUUAUCAUCAAUCUUCUCUCCCUUGUUUUCUGAGUUGAAGGACAAGGGGGAAACCAGCAAUGGCAAGCCAGAGGCUACAGAGGCGCUACGGGAGGCCAUUUUCCUGGCUGAAGACAUACAUCCUGGUGUGUGUGACUCUCUGGUGGCUGAACUGGUGCAGAGACUUCAGAGGUUCUCAGUGCCUCAGGCGGCCGCCUCUCAGUGAGAAGAAGCACAUGCAGCUCAGCUUCAGACUUCCACUAUAGGAUCUAGUCUCCAUCACUCAUUAUAGCCUGCUAGUGCACCAGCACACCACUAGAGGGCGCCGGUCCAGUCUCUCUGCUCGACUUCAGCCAUCUUUCUCUCAGCCCUGGUUUAGGAGAGGUGUGUGUGUGUGUGUGAGAGUGAGUGUGUGUGUGUGCUGUGAGAUGUUGUUUUCAAACUCAGGUAUCCUGCUUUGAAGGUGUUGUGGCAGAUAAAGAUGAGCUCCACAGGAUGAUUGUACAAAGGUGUAAAUAAGCACAUUUCUACAGAUGAUGAUAAUAAUAGUGCUUGUACAAAUGGCCAAAUGCAGACUGUAGAUAUUGUUUGAGGACUAGGAGGGCCACACGUGACAUGGCCUUCUUUUCUAUAUGAUCGCGCUUUCCUUUCUCAAAUGACUUUCACCUUGCUGGAAUCCUUUUUUGGAGAAUGUAACAUUAGCUUUACUAUUUGACUAUGUCUUCUUCUUCAGAGACAAUACUGCGGACGUUCCACUCGGAUGUUGUGUAGAGUAGUCUGUGUACAGCAGGCGUGUCCAAAGUGCGGCCCGAGGGCCAUUUGUGGCUCCCAGCUAAUUUGUUAAUGGCCCUCGGCCAAUAAUAAAAAUUUAAAACUUAAAAGAGUGUAAUAAAAGAGUAAAUAGUGACAUGUAACAAGAAAAAGUUGCAGUAUUGACACUAAUAACACAAGACUGCCAUGCAGACUGUUAUUGACCUGCUGAAGGCUCAAAUUACUUCACUUUCAAAUAUUUUGGGGGAUAAUAUUGCAUGUUUUGUGCGAAAACAAAGUUUUCUUUCACAAAAAGGGCAUCAAGCAAACAAAAUAAUUAGAAAAAAAUUAUAAAAUCUUAUCAAAAGAUCUACAGACUUCAGUGUCAAACAUUAAAAAAAUAUAAUUAUACAUUCGGCUUAUUUUCAACACUUCUUUUUUUAUUAGUAUGAAUUAUUGACUUAUUUAGGGUUCCAAUUACUUUGUGUCAAAUAUUCCACUUUGAAAUGUUUUGGGGGAAAAUGUUGCAUAGUUUGUGUGUUUGCCAUAUAAAUAAGGGUUUUGAGAUCCAGGCCAUAAACAUAAAAAAAAAAAAAAAAAAUUUAAAUGUUACAACAGACAGAUCUGAAGUUGAUCUUGAGAUUCAAGCAUUAAAUGAAAAAAAUAUUGAUUUAUUAAUUUAAAAUAUUAAUUUAUUAUGACUUAUUUCUAACAUUUUUAUGACUGAGACCCUUCUGGAGACUGGGGACCAAUCUUGAAGAAAGUCAUAAAGGUAAAAAAAACAACUAUUGCUUUUAAAAAGGAAAAAUAUCAAAAUGGCCCCCGCAUACUUUGAUUUUUCAGUCUGCGGCCCUCAGUGGAAAAAGUUUGGACACCCCUGAUGUGCAGCUAUAGUGAAAAUAUGUCACUGGCACCCUUGAAGACGUCACUGAUGGGCGUUGGCCACCUUCUGUUAAGUUCAAGUACCACAGAUAGUCACACACACACUAGGUGUUGGUGAAAUUUGUCUGCUGCAUUUAACCCAUCCCCUUGUUCACCCCCUGGGAGGUGAGGGGAGCAGUGGGCAGCUGCAGUGGCCGCGCCCAGGAAUCAUUUUUGGUGAUUUAACCCCCAAUUCCAACCUAUAAUGCUGAGUUUUGUGACCUUCCAUUUUUCUAGUAAAAUAAUCGUGCAGGUGCUUCCUAGCAUGCCUUGUGUUUAGGGGUAGGUGUUGUUUACAUUUGAAAAGUUAAUUUACCAAUGAUUGUGAAAUUAACCUCUGUAUUUGACCAUUCCCCUUGUUCCAGGUGAGGGGAGCAGUGAGCAGCAGCCAUCAUUUUUGGUGAUUUAACCCCCAAUUCCAACCCCUGAUGCGGAGUGCCAAGCAGGAAGGUAAUGGCUCCCAUUUUUAUAGUCUUUGCUAUGACAUUGCCCGGGUUUGAACUCACGACCUACCAAUGUCAGGGCGGGCACUCUCACCACUAGGUCACUGAGUAGGUAGGCAAGUAGUAGUAGUAGUCUGGGCAAGCGGACCAGGGAGUGUUUGUGCCCACCUUCACAGGCUCUACUUCACAUCAUUUAAGUGCACAAUGGAAUUAAUGCCCUUUUUUUGUUUCAUUCUUCAUUUUAACAGUACUCCUCACUGUCUUUGUCAAAGUGCUGGCACUCACAACUUUCUAUGGCCCCACUGUCUAUUUUGCUGUCAAUAGGAAAAAAAACAAUCACAGCUGCUGAAUCACCUUUGUUUGGUCACGCGAUGGUGCAGAAUAAUUAGCGGGCAGACACUAACCUGCUCAGUGGCCUAGUGGUUAGAGUGUCCGCCCUGAGAUGGGUAGGUCGUGAGUUCAAACCCCGGCCGAGUCAUACCAAAGGCUAUAAAAAUGGGAGCCAUUACUUCCCUGCUUGGCACUCAGCAUCAAGUGUUGGAAUUGGGGGUUACAUCACCAAAAAUGAUUCCCGGGCGCGACCACUGCUGCUGCUCACUGCUCCCCUCACCUCCCAGGGUUUGAUCAAGGGGUGUGUGUGUGUGACUAUCAUUGGUACUUUAACACACCAGUUAGGUGCAAUGAUCCCCAUCCAAAAAGCGGGACAACUUUUCGGCAAAGGUUUUGGUCUUUUAAAAAAAACAAAUGAUGUCUAGAUUUAUACAAGCUGUACACUGACUACUCUAUAUUAAAGUUCAAUUUCUAUAGGGGUUUCCCUCUGGAAGAUAAAGUAGAAUAAUAACAACUCACUUUAUUGAUCUACUGUACUGGGAACUUGCUGUACCGAUAGUAGUACCAGUAGUACUUCUAGUAGUACUUCUAGUCCGCUUCUUUCAUACGCCUCCUCACUUCUCUCCUGCUGCCUGUCAGGUGUUUCCCUGCCUUUGCUGCGUGACGUUUGCUAUUUGCAACACGCCGUCUUUCUCCAUCCAUUCGCUCCGUGAUCAGUUGGAAGCACCCUCAGCAGACUGUCUUCCUCUGAGGAGCGUACCUGCAGCUCUAUAUUGCACUUGGACUAGAGAGAAAUGCCUUUUUUUGACUUCAAACCAAGUAGCCAUACAGACGUGAAGAGUAGCAUGAGAUGCACGUUAUUUGCAGGCGUCGGAUGGCUCCUCCCCUCUCCUCCCCUCGCAGGAGGACGUAGGAUAGCUUUAUGACGGCCGGUGGCUCUGCGUUGUAGCAUCGUCACGAGGACGCCGUCAGAGUUGGAAAAUAGAAUGAGCUUUAAAAUGCUAUCAUUAAUUUCUUGUCCCCACACAUGUUGUUGUAUGAUCUGACUUGGAUGAAAACAAAGUAUUUUUGCCACAAAAACAAAUCGGCACAUUUUUCAUUUGCAGCUGCUGUGAUUCUUUUGUAUUUUUUUGGGGAUAUGCUGCUCUUCUGUUAGCUCCACGGGGAAACGUGCCAACUCAAUCACAUUGAGGCAAAUUCAAUCUCACUCGCACCUUUUACGUCAGGGGUGUCCAAAGUGCGGCCCGCAGGUCAUUUUUUAACGGCCCCACGGCACAUUUUAAAAAUACUAUGGAAAAAAUGUAAAACAUAAAAAGUGGUAUGAAAGAGCAAACAGGUGAAAUGUAACAAGAACAUGUUGAAAUGUUUACUCUAAUAACACAAAGUUGCCAUGCAGGCUGUUUCUUUCUUUAAAAAACAAACACAAUUGUGAAUCAAAAUCAAUUAUGAAUUAUUGACCAAUUCAAGGCUGCAAUUACGUCACAUUAAAUAUUCCACUUUGAGAUAUUUUUUGGAGCAAAUGUUGGAUAUUUUGUGUUUGCCAUAUAAAAAAAAACUGAGCUGUUUUUUUCGUUUGUUUUUGUUUUUUUAAGAAUGGCCUAAAACGAACAAACAAAAAACAUACCCAAAAAAACCUUAUAAUUGACGGAUAGAUCUGAAGUUGAUCUCGAGAGUAUUGUGUUAAAAGUAAACAGUAAAAAAAUAUAUAUAUAUUUUUUAACACUUAAAUGAGUAGGACCCUUUUGGAUCAGUGUGUCGUUGCACAAAAAAUAAUAGUGAAUUAAAAUCAAUGGUGUUAUGAGUUGUUGACCUUUUUCCGGCUCCAAUUAUUAUAUAAUCUCAAAUAUUCUACUUAAAAAUGUUAUUGUUUUGUGUUUUUUUUUCAAUAAAAAACAUGCUUUUCUUUGACAAAAAGAGCAUACAACUUAAAUCUUUAAAAACGUCAUAUUGACAGAUAGACCUAAUGUUGAUCUAAAGAUUUAAAACUUGAAUAAUAAUACUGAAUAAUGACACACUUUUAACAUUUUAUUUUUACCAAAACCCUUUGGGGUCCUUGAGAUGAAGCCUGAGUGGAGGCCUAAAUGUAUAUUUUUUAUACAUAUACUGGAUUGUUUUUUAAAAUGAACGUCCCCGCUUGCUUUGAUUAUUCAGUGUGCGGCCCUCAGUGGAAAAAGUUUGGACACCCCUGUUUUACGUGGUCAAAGUAGUUCUCUUUUGUGUCUUUUUGUCUUCGCACUUUGUCGAUUUUUUUUUUUUCUUUCCAAAAUGUGGUACUUAACCAGGCCGCCGUGUUGUCGCCUUCUCCCCCCGCUUGUGUCCCGAUAUACGGCAAUAAAGCAAGGAGUGGCGGCCAGGAUGAAUUCAUGUCUUAGCACAAUUAUAUUCUUCAUUCAGACUAUUUUUAUAACCCAGAGGAACAGUAUUAUUUAAUAGCGCUAUGUGUCCUAAAGAAUCAGUAAACACUGGAAAGCAAAAUGUACGUUGCAUUUAAUGUGAUGAUGACCGUUAAGAAUCCAAUAUACAUGUUUGUUCAGUCGAGACACUGAUGUUGGAUUGAUGGAUUGUGACUGAAAUAAAAUUCUAGUACAUCAACAA